AUUUUUUUAGAAAUCUCAUAGGCCUGUGAUAUACAUUAUAAAAGAGAGUAAUUAAUCAUUGAUCAUGAAUAUAUCGAAGUUUGUCGAAUUGGGGAAAAAGAUUGUUUGUGUUGGCAGAAAUUAUGCAGAACACGCCACUGAAUUGGGUAAUAAAGUUCCAACCGAACCUUUACUAUUUCUAAAGCCAACAACAGCGUACUUAUCGGAGGGAAACAAAAUUAAGAUGCCGCCAGGUUGUACUGAUCUCCAUCAUGAAGUUGAACUUGGGGUCGUUAUUGGAACUAAAGGAACAGAUAUUCCGGUAGAAUCGGCCAUGGAUCAUGUCGGCGGGUACGCUUUGGCACUUGACAUGACCGCGAGAAACCUCCAGGAUGCAGCAAAGAAAAAGGGUCAUCCAUGGACUUUAGCAAAGGCAUUUGACACAUCGUGUCCAGUAAGCAAGUUUGUUGAAAAAGAACGUGUACAAAAUGUUCACAAUGUAAGGUUAUGGUUGUCAGUCAACGGAGAUAUACGACAAGACGGUAACACAAGUGACAUGAUUUUUAAGGUCCCAACCCUUAUAAGCUAUAUUAGUCGGUCGAUGACCCUUGAGCCAGGUGAUAUGAUCCUGACUGGCACGCCCUCUGGAGUUGGCCCUGUCAAAUCUGGUGAUGUCAUUGUUGCUGGACUCGAUCAACUCAUGGAAAUGUCUUUUUCUGUUGCGGAAUAAUAUAUAAAGUUUAUAGACUAUGAAAUACUUUAAUAAAUUAAAGUUAUGAUAA